CAUCCCCAGCCCAGAGGAGGAAGAAUUUUGAGAGAAGUUCGUGGGCUUUAUAUUUGGAUAUAUUAAAUUUAAGGUUGUAAGGCAUCCAAAAGGAGACAUUCAAAAAUUGUUUUGAUAGCUAGGUUUGGAAAUCAGAAGAAAAGUCAAGGUCGGAGGCCUAGAUGUGAGAGUCACUGAGAUAUUGAUGUAUCGUUAUGGGACUGUGUGUAGAAGAAGAUGAGAGCAAAUCUGGAACCCAAGAAUGUCAUCAUUUUCUGCAUAGAGGAAGAGGAUGAGUGAAAAAGAAUGAGAAGCCACAGUCAGAAGUUAGAGGAGAGUGUGGUACACUGAAAUUGACAAGUUUCAAUUAAGUGGUCAUUGUUGCCCACACUACAUCAGUGAAAUAGGAUGAAUAGUGGUGAGAAACCCUGAGACCCGAGAAAGUCCCUGUUGGUCUGGAAAGGGAGCUCCAGCAGAGUAGAAGAGUUAGAAGGCAGAAUGAGGAGACUGAAGAUGUUGUUUCAGUCUGAGGAAGUGACAAAGUAGAGACAGAAGUGCGAUGAAGGGAAAUAAGUAGUUUGUAAAGGAGACACAGUCUGAGGAAAACUGUUUAGAAAAAAGUUUGACAGCCAUUUGCACACAUUAAUAUGGAAGGUGAGACCUACGAGAGAGAGUGGAGCAGGGGGUGGUGGGGCGGGCAUAUUGAGAAGGCGGGAAAGCUUGCGCUGUGGUCGCAUGAGCCUCCGGGAUGGGGCUGUGCUUCCUGUGCCCUGCGGAGUCUGCACCGGUGUUACUGAGCCCGGAAGGGAAAAGAGCAAAACUUGCAGAGGCAGCAGAGAGAAGACCGAUGGAGGCUGCAUCUCAGGGGAUUUUAGAUGUUCGAUCUGUGGAAGAAAAGAGAAAGAAAAAGGAAAAAAGAGAAAAACAAAUUGCCACUUCUGGACCUUUACUAGCAGGUGGACUUGGAGGGACAGUUUCAUAAAGCAGCACAUGAAUGGCAGAGCCUACUGCCAGUAAUUGUCCAGCAACUGCAAUCAAAUGGACUUCAUUCAGUUUCUUCUCCUUGAGUACACAGAAUCAACUUUUGUAAUAUUAGUGCCCUUAAUUGCAGUGUUAAAUCUAUAUUGAACAUAUUGGGGAAAAAAUUAGAUUUUCAGACUUAGAAAAUGGCCAGACCAUUCAUUAAAUUCUUAUAUUCCUGCACUUACUUUUCUGCAGGAAGUAAGUGAUUUGCCAUUUUUUCAUAGAGAAGGCAGGAGAAGGUGGGAUCUAGAAUGAACUGGGUGAUCUCAAACACAAGGUCACUCCCUUCCUCUGAGAUGGGGGAACAGGAAGGGACCAGUAUAAUGUAGUUUGGUUUGGAGGUAGGAGGGAUGCAAAUUGGGGGCAUUUGGUUUCUGUGGUCUCUUUUUUUUUCCCUGUGAAGCAGAAGGUGGUAAUAAUAGAGUUACACAUUGAGUGAAGAAUUGAAAUAUCACCGAGGACAGUGGAAGAGGAAGGUGACAGAAAAGGGAAUGACGAGAAAAAGCCUUUCUAGGGUGCCCCUGAAAUUAAUGAUCACUUAUGUGGCCCUAGAUAACAUGGCUUUGGAUGGCUGGAUUUAGGAAUUGGUGAUGCACCGGGAAAUGGGGUAUAAGUGAUACUACUAAGAACGAUGAGAAGCUGAGAAGACCCUGUGCACUGGUGGUGUAGGGCUUGAAGAAUUCAGUGAGGAAGGGGAACAGCUAGGAGGAUGGGAAGGUACUAACGUGCAAGGAGAUGAGAAUGUGGGGGAUGGCCAGAGGCUAAAGCGCCAAGACUUUGAGCUCUUUAACCUUCCGUAGAGCGAAGGAGAGAAGUUGUCAUUUAAACACAUGAAGCCCAAAUAAAUGA